AUGUCAAUCUCCACCGGUUCAGACAGCGCGCACAUGGCCGCAUCCACCUCAUCUCAACCUGCCAUACAUACCGAACAGCGUCGCAUAGGUCACAUCUGCGCUAUCCUCGUUCGCAAUCUCUCAAUACGACCGACACGCGACCGAGCACUGCAAACACUCACCUCAAAACGACCGGGCGGUUCGAGUCGCUACCACACAACUUCGGACGAUGCUGAUCUGACACUCAGCCUUGCGCGAUCCAACAGCAAAGGCAAAAGCAAGGCCGGUGGAUCGCAUUGUCCUCGCAGAAGUGCUAGUUACAGUAGACUUGAUGCCGGAUCUUCCGACGACGACAAUGAUGCACAACAGCUCGAGUCCGGCUCACCAUCCAGCUCGACCCCGACAAGAUCGCAGCUCAAUAAUAGAAACAAGCUCCACCCUGGAUCGGAUCGUAGAGGCCGGUCUGGAUUCCAGGCGAACCAACGACACACGUCUGAUCACGAACUUACCACCACCAACCUUAGCUCAGCGGCUGAUGAUAGACACAGCAUCGAAGCAAGUCCGCGUCCGAUCUUGAAACGAUCCUCUAGCACGCGAGAUGGAAGGGUGCAAAAUGGGUCACCGGGCGGUGGCUCAACUGGGUUUCUGGAUGAGCUUGGUGCGCAUACGACCAUGCUUUCGCGAUCGGAUUCUCGCAGCUCAUCCCAUUCGUCACAUACCAUCCGAAGACCGUCACAUAGAGCACGAACAACAAGCAUGACUUCGUCGAGUAGCGUACGAAAUGUACGCUUUGACGAGAGUCAUGUUGGUAACAGCGAUGAGGCGAGACGUCCGUCAAGGAUUACGGGAAGACUGAAUGCGGCUUCCCGAUACAUGCUCUUUUCACAAAAGAGUUUGGCGCAAAUCAUGAAGGAUCGCAUGCUCGAAUGCUAUGUCGAGCUCUCGCUUGCAGAUAACGAUGCCUCGGUACAAAAGGGCAAGAUGACCAGCGACAAGCCAGAGCCUAUCUUCUACCGCACACCGAACUCCAAACCAGGUCUACAUCACUCGUGGGGCUACCAAGGAGGCGAUCCCAUCAGUCCGGAGCGCGACUUUGCAACCGCCGCCAUCUCGAGUAAGGAACCAUUAGAAGCAUCGACGGUCGAGAUCAAGAUCUGGGCGCGAUCGCCUCCAGACACUGCAAAGACUGAACCUGAAGCGGAGGAGUGGAAGCUCGUCCGUCGCACCAGCGUCGAUCUUCGCGACCUUGAGCCAAUAUCUGGGAGUCUACAAGACGCAAACCUCGCGCUUCCACCCAAUUCGAUCUUACUCGGUCUCGCGCUGGGAGCGAACUCGCUCUCUGGUCGGACGAGCUUGAGUUCGGCUGAUUCGCAGAAAGGCUUAUCUAGCCCAACAGCGAAAGGCGAAGGGGAAGUUGAGCCGAAGCUGAAGAGAAAGAUCAGCGAACAGGAAGCGGAGAGAACAAGGCAUAUUCUGGAGAGUAUUGUUUACUAUGCUGUUCCGCUCGACUCAGCUCAAGGUGCUGAUGCGGGACAGGCAAGCAGGGCGAAUGGAUCGGCGAGUCUCAAAGCUGAGAGCUCGAACAGGAAGCAAGCAAAAGGUAACCUCGGUCGGAGUCGGUCGCCGAACCAACGACGUCGCGCAUCGGUGGACGGGUACGCUUCUGAUCCAGAGAAUGCUUCGAAUCAUAAGGCAAUUAAAAGCUCAAGGGGGGAAGACGAACUCACAAUACCCGCACCAACUACCAGCACAGCCGCCACAACAGCUGCAAUUAGCCCAGCCACGUCGGACGCACCAAGACGAGAGCGACGCAAAGCAUUCGAAGAUGAGCAACGGCGCGUCCUAGAACUCAGUCUGCGCGAGACAAAAAUGAUGCCCAGCUACACUCUCGAUCGAGCUCGACAACUCGCUAGCAAGCAAACGCAAUCACAAAACCUUCUGGCCCAAGUCGACGAGCUGUGUGGAGAGAACGGAGAGCUGCUACAAGAUCCCGAAGGUAUUGUUCAACUACGACUCAAGCAUGAGCAGCAGAAAGCGCAUUCCGAAGCCGUGCGUCAAAUGGCGACGGACGAAGCGGCUGACUUGGCUCAAAGGCGAGCUGAGCUAGAAACUCGAAGAGCAGCGCUACAAUCUCGACGCAAAGCUAUGCAGGCUUCGGAUGCGCUCUUCUGGGCAGCUGAAACCUCUUCACGCCAGCUUCAAGGUCAGCUGGACAAUCUCAAAGCAGAGAAAGCAGAUCUAUCGCAAUUCCUGCAUGCGCAACAAUCCUCUCUGCUACGCGAUCUAGAAAUCAUCUUCCCUAUCGAACUCUCCGAUGCCUCUUCCCUGCUGUUCUCCAUCUGCGGUCUACCGCUACCCAACUCAGUCGCAUCCCUCCCACCUACCGAACUGCUACACGAGGAGAAAAAGUGGAAAGACACAGUCAAACGUCUCCCUGCCUCAAACCGUCCCGUCUUUCACCCGUUCGACGACGAUACAAUCUCCUCUUCGUUCGGUUUGGUCGCUCAACUCGUCGUCCUACUAUCCACUUAUCUUUCCACCCCGAUCCACUAUCCAUUAGCAACGGCGGGUAGUCGAGCGGUUCUGCAAGACGGGAUUUCUCUCAUGUCUGGUCCCAGAGCGUUUCCGUUAUACGAGAAGGGAAUGGAGAGGUACAGAUACGAAUACGCGGCGUUUCUGUUGAACAAGGACAUUGAACAACUGAUGAACGUUUGGAGUGUAACGGUGAUUGAUAUCAGACACACGUUGCCGAAUCUGAAAAAUCUGAUGGUGACGGUGAGUGCGGCCGGGCCGGGGAGCGAGGGUAGUAGGAAGAGCUACCUUGGGAAGAGGGAGAUUUCACUCAGGUCUGCGGUAGAGACUGUUGAUGAGAGGAUUGUAGGAGGGGAUGGUGGAAAGGUGAAUGAGGGGAAGAGGCCGGGCACGGGGCUAGGAAUGGGGCUGCCGAGUACAGCAAAUGGGAGAGUAGGGAAGUUGGAAGCGAAGCCGGAUACGCUAGUGACGACGAGAGUGUUGGGUGCGUCUUCGAAAGCAGCAGCAGCGCCGGCGACGGCGAGUGGUGCUAUUGCGUCUGUUUCGAGAGCAUUUAGUUAUUUUAGUGGUAGCUCAACUCGUUGA